CCAAACUUCCAAUUUUAGCGUGAACUAAACAUACUCUAGAUUCAAAUCUAGACAUUCUGUACUAAGUUCUUAUAUUUUGGGACGAUCGAUUUUAUUUUUAAAGAGAAAAAACAAGGAGAGAGAGGGAGGCGGAGACCCGUCACCAUCGCACCACACAUGGCGGACGGCGUCGCAACCACCGGAGCACAAGCUGCUGUUGCGACGCUACCAAAUUCCCAUCUCCACUAAUAAUAGCUGCGGCCACCGCCGCCGCCGCCGCCGCCUUGGUCACCAAAUCCGCCUACGGCGGCGCCGGCGGUGGGGGGCAUCGUCAUGGCGUCGCCGAGCAGCCGCGCGGUGGCCGUCGGCGGCGCGCUCCUCCUGCUCCUCGUCUUCGCCGUCCCAACCACCUUCCUCUACCUCACCUCCGCCCCCGCCGCCUCCUCCCCGAGCCUCCUCCUCAACCUCAAGCCGUUCGGCGCCCGGUGCGCGCCCGCCGCCGCCGCCGCCCCGCCGCUCAGGGUCUUCAUGUACGACCUGCCACGGCGGUUCCACGUCGGCAUGAUGGACGCCUCCGCCUCGGGGUUCCCCGCGUGGCCGCCGUCGGCGGGCGGGAUCAGGCGGCAGCACAGCGUGGAGUACUGGAUGAUGGCGUCGCUGCAGGGCGGGGGAGGUGGGGGGAACGGGUCGUCGUCGGAGGAGGGGAGGGAGGCGGUGCGGGUGACGGAUCCCGACGCGGCGGAGGCCUUCUUCGUGCCCUUCUUCUCGUCGCUCAGCUUCAACGUCCACGGCCGCAACAUGACCGAUCCAGAGACCGAGGCCGACCGCCUCCUCCAGGUUGAGCUUAUGGAGAUUUUAUGGAAAUCUAAAUAUUGGCAACGAUCUGCAGGCCGUGAUCAUGUGAUUCCCAUGCAUCACCCAAAUGCUUUUAGGUUUUUGCGUGAUAUGGUGAAUGCAUCUAUUCUUAUAGUUGCAGACUUUGGAAGAUACACAAAAGAAUUGGCUUCCUUGAGGAAAGAUGUUGUAGCUCCAUAUGUGCAUGUUGUAGAUUCCUUCCUUAACGAUGAUCCACCUGAUCCAUUUGAUGAUCGUCCUACACUGCUUUUCUUUCGAGGGCGUACAGUCAGGAAAGAUGAAGGGAAGAUCCGUGCUAAACUUGCCAAGAUUCUAAAAGGGAAGGAUGGUGUGCGCUUUGAGGAUAGCCUUGCAACAGGUGAAGGCAUUAAAACAUCUACGGAAGGCAUGCGAUCAUCAAAGUUUUGUCUCCAUCCUGCUGGGGAUACUCCUUCCUCGUGCCGACUGUUUGAUGCAAUUGUCAGUCAUUGUGUUCCUGUGAUUGUCAGCAGUCGGAUUGAGCUCCCUUUCGAAGAUGAGAUUGAUUACAGUGAGUUCUCCCUUUUCUUCUCAGUGGAAGAAGCUCUAAGACCUGAUUAUUUGCUCAACCAGCUCAGACAGAUCCAGAAAACGAAGUGGGUUGAGAUCUGGUCAAAGCUAAAAAAUGUCUCUCAUCACUAUGAAUUCCAGAAUCCACCCAGGAAGGGUGAUGCUGUGAACAUGAUAUGGAGGCAGGUGAAGCACAAAGUCCCUGCAGUUAAUCUUGCGAUUCACAGGAAUAGGAGAUUAAAAAUUCCAGACUGGUGGGGAUGAACCUUGGUGAAUUGUGUAUAUAUUAUCAUAUCGAUGGGGCGACGGCUGAAGUGACAUUUUUUGGGAUGUAUAUGAUGAAGUCAUGCUGGUCAUUCCUUGUGCACCAUCAAAAUCAAAAUGGGUCCGAGUCUCAUUCCACGCAGGUUUACUGACGCACUAACAUUUUUGUCCCCUUUUUUGUUCCUUCUAUGACAUCCUAACUAUUUUUUUCCUCUGAUUUUUACGAUAUAGUGGAAGCAAAUAAGUUGUAUUAAUGUUGUAGAGCAGAUUUUCAUCUGACAAUACAAAGACACAAAGCACCUAUGUUACAUAUCGGUCUAUCGGAUGUUGCAAUGUAUUCCCAUUAGAUACCACUCCUCUCUGUGAUUGAUACUUUUGUGUACCUUUUAGUUCUAGGAAGUUUCGUUAUGUGUAAA